CAGAGGAUGCCCCGAGUCCUGGACUGCAGAGCCGCUCGCGAGAGGCACCGGGGCUGUAACCGCGCCACCUCGUGCCGCGGGCGGGGGCGAGGGAGGAUUCCCCGGCCGGUGCCCGCCCCCGGGCUAAAGUGCGGCGCGGGCGGGGCUGGUCACGCGCCUGGUUUCCUGCAGUGCGAACCUGGGAAAUCCAGGCGACUUCGCAGUCGAAGGGAUCUGAAGAAGUGGGAUGUGCAAAAGCGCCGGCUGGAAAUCCCGGCUGUGUCUCCGUCAACUCUUUACGCAACAGAGGGCUCCCCCUGCACUUGGUUUCUACCGGGCCGUCUGCUCCCACUCGGCGAAAAAAAUUCCAGAAUAGCGGCCGCGGCGAUGGCGUGGAGGGCUGCCGCCUCCACGUGCGCCGCGCUCCUGAUUCUGCGGUGGGCGCUGACGACCGCAGGUGAUCUGAAAGUAGAGAUGAUGGCAGGGGGGACUCAGAUCACACCCCUGAAUGACAAUGUCACCAUAUUCUGCAAUGUCUUUUAUUCCCAACCCCUCAACAUCACGUCUAUGGGUAUCACCUGGUUUCGGAAGAGUCUGACGUUUGACAAAGAAGUCAAGGUCUUUGAAUUUUUUGGAGAUCACCAAGAGGCAUUCCGACCUGGAGCCAUUGUGUCUCCAUGGAGGCUGAAGAGUGGGGACGCCUCACUGCAGCUGCCUGGAAUCCAGCUGGAGGAAGCAGGAGAGUACCGAUGUGAGGUGGUGGUCACCCCUCUGAAGGCACAGGGAACCGUCCAGCUUAGAGUUGUGGCUUCCCCAGCCAGCAGAUUGUUUCUGGAUCAAGUGGGGGUGAAGGAGAAUGAAGGCAAAUAUAUGUGUGAGUCAAGUGGGUUCUACCCAGAGGCUAUUAAUAUAAUAUGGAAGAAGCAGACCCUGAAGUUUCCCCAUCCCAUAGAGAUUUCUGAGGACGUCAUCACUGGUCCCACCAUCAAGAAUAUGGAUGGUACAUUUAAUGUCACUAGCUGCUUGAAGCUGAACUCCUCUCAGGAAGACCCUGGGACUGUCUACCAGUGUGUGGUAUGGCAUGAGUCCUUGCAUACCCCCUUGAGGAACAACUUUACCCUGACUGCUGCUCGGCACAGUCUUUCUGAAACUGAGAAGACAGAUAUCUUUUCCAUUCAUUGGUGGCCUAUUUCAUUCAUUGGUGUUGGACUGGUUUUAUUAAUUGUUUUGAUUCCUUGGAAAAAGAUGUGUAACAAAUCAUCUUCAGCCUAUACUCCUCUCAAGUGCAUUAUGAAACACUGGAACUCCUUUGACACUCAGACUCUGAAGAAAGAGCACCUCGUAUUCUUUUGUACUUGGGCAUGGCCAUCUUACCAGCUGCAGGAUGGGGAGGCCUGGCCUCCUGAGGGAAGUGUUAAUAUUAAUACCAUUCAACAACUAGAUGUUUUCUGCAGACAGGAGGGCAAAUGGUCCGAGGUUCCUUAUGUGCAAGCCUUCUUUGCCUUGAGAGACAACCCAGAUCUUUGUCAGUGUUGUAGAAUUGACCCUGCUCUCCUAACAGUUACAUCAGGCAAGUCCAUAGAUGAUAAUUCCCCAAAGUCUGAGAAACAAACCCCUAGGGAACACUCGGAUGCAGUUCCGGAUGCUCCAAUCCUUCCUGUUUCCCCUAUCUGGGAAUCUCCUCCAGCCACAACAUCAACAACUCCAGUUCUACCCUCCCAACCCCCAACUUUACUGUUACCCCUACAGUAAAUGCCUGAUGGACAUGGUGCCACUAGGGUUGAAGUUCCCUUUUCAUUACAGGACCUUGGGCAAAUAAAGGGGGACCUGGGCAAGUUCUCUGUUGACCUGAUAGAUAUAUAGAGGCUUUCCAAAACCUAACUCAGGUGUUUGACCUUACUUGGAGUGAUGUUAGGUUGCUUUUAAACUCUUAACUACUUCAGAGAAACAGGUAGCCCUGCAGGCAGCAGAAAAAUUCAGAGAUGAACAACAUGUCUUCUAUAGCCACUCAAUAAGGAAAGAAGGUGAGAAAGAACCAGCAUUCACAUACCCAAUAGGAAGCGAGGCAGUGCCCCUUGAACAACAUAAUUGGGACCCCAGUGGUACCUUAGAUGAGUGGCAAAGAAAACAUUUUCAAAUGUGCUUAUUAGAGGGCCUACAGAGGACCAGAGCCAAGCCUCUUAAUUACCCCAAACUCUCCAUGAUAGAUCAAAAACUAGAUGAAAGUCCCUCAGCCUUUUUGGAAAGGCUGAGAGAGGCUGUAGUGAAACACACUUCCCUGUCUCCUGUGAGGUGUGUUUGUACCUCACAUAAAUAAUUCAACUGAGGGACAGCUAAUUUUGAAAGACAAGUUUAUUACUCAGUCAGCCCCUGAUAUCAGAAGGAAGCUGGAGAAACAGGCCAUGGGACCAGAUAGCACCUUACAAAACCUCCUGAAGGUAGCCACCUCGGUCUUUUAUAAUAGGGACCAGGAGGAGGCCCAGGGGAAGGAGAGGAAACACAAGAAAAAGGCAGAGACUCUGGUGGCCACUUUGUAUAAAACCCAGUAUCCCCAAGGUGCACCUGCUAGUUGCUACCAAUGUGGCAAACCAGGGCACUUCAAAAGGGACUGCCCAGGCAGCAAGAAGAAGCCACCUCAACCCUGUCCAGUAUACAAUGGGGACCACUGGAAGGCAGACUGUCCUGGGAAGCAUAGGUCACUGAGUCCAGAGCCAGUCUCACAAAUGGUCCAGCAGGACUGAUGGGUCCUGGGGCUCAACUCCCUGGCUCCAGUGGCUCAGACUGCUGUUACUACCCAGGAGCCCCAGAUGAUUUUGGAAUUCGAAGGGAGGAAGGUAGACUUCUUUCUGGACACUGGAGCCAGUCUUCUGUUUUCCUCUCCAAUUCUGGCCUUCGUUCCUCCCAUAGCACAACCAUGAUGGGCAUCUCAGGAAAGACUUUUAACUUGAUAUUUUUCUCAACCUAUUAGCUGCAGUCAGAUAAACCUACUGUUUACACAGGGCUUUUUAGUCAUGCCUGAAAGUUCCACUCCUUUAUUAGGUAGAGAUACUCCAGCACGUAUGGGGGCCACCAUCCUUAUGGCUCCAGGACAAACUCUGCCUCCCCUUAGUGGAAACCAGUAUUAACCCAGAGGUUUGGGCAACUCAGGGAAGAAGUGGCCGGACUAUAACCACUAUACCAGUCUGGAUCCACCUCAAGGAUCCCACUUUUUUUCCUAACCAGAGACAAUACCCCCUGAAGCCAGAAAGUAGAAAAGGGCUAGAAGCCAGCAUUGAUAACCUAAAGGCACAAGGCCUCCUUAGGCCUUGCAGUAGCCCUUGAAACACCCCAAUAUUAGGGGUGCAAAAAUCCAAUGGGGAACGGAGACUAGUUCAGGACCUCUGCCUUAUUCAUGAGGCUGUGAUUACGAUUCAUCCAGUAGAUCCCAAUCCCUAUACUUCGCUAACUCAAAUACCGGAGGGAACUAAAUCGUUCACAGUUCUGGGCCUAAAGGAUGCCUUUUUCUGUAUACCUUUACACCCUUACUCCCAAUACUUGUUUACCUUUGAAGACCCCUCCAAUCAAACCAGCCAGUUAACAUGGACUGUACUGCCUCAGGGAUUUAGAGAUAGCCCCCACCUAUUUGGGCAAGUAUUGUCAAGAGAUCUCUUCAAAUUCUUCCAUUCUCAGGUUAAAGUUUUACAAUAUGUAGAUGACAUUCUCCUCUGUGCCCCAACUGAGGAAGUUUCUUGAGAUGGCACUGAGGCUCUCCUUAAUUUCCUAGCUGGAAAGGGAUAUAAGGCUUCAAAAUCUAAGGCUUAGUUCUAUCAGACUUUGGUAAAGUACCUAGGUCUGGUCUUGUCAGAAGGGAACAAGAGCACUAGGCGAGGAGAGGAUUAAUCCCAUUUCCUCCUUUCCUCUCCCCAGAACCCUCAAACAGCUGAGGGAUGCUUGGGCAUUACGGGUUUUUGUAGGUUACAGAUACCCAGGUAUGAUAAAAUAGGUUGCCCUUUAUAUCACCUUAUAAAAGAAAUUCAAGUGGCUAAAACUCACUUCCUGACCUGGGAACCUGAAGGUCAAAAGGCCGUUAAUCAGUUAAAACAAGCCUUGCUUAAAGCACCAGCCCCCAGUCUUUCCGUAGGGAAGUCCUUUAAUCUUCAUGUAUCAUAAAGGAAAGGAAUGGCCCUGGGAGUUUUAAUUCAAGUUCAAGGCCCAUCUCAACAGCCAGUAGGUUACUUAAGUAGAGAGCUUGACUUGGAGGCUAAAGGAUGGCCAACUUGCCUCUGAGCAGUUACAGUAGUGGCCCUGCUAGUCCCAGAGGCCACCAAGUUAACCCUGGGGAAUAACCUGUUUAUACCUCACAUAAAUAAUGUGGCAGACUUGCUGUCCUCUAAAGUGAGUCUCUGGCUAACAGACAGCUGCCUCCUCAAGUAUCAGGCUUUGCUGCCAGAGGAAUCUGCAGUCCAGUUAAAAACCUGUCCUUGCCUGAUCCCAGACACUUUCCUCCCAGAGGAAACUGGAGAAACUGAACAUAAUUGUGAACAGACUGUAGUACAACUAUGCCGCUAGGGAGGAUCUCAAGAAAUUCCCCUAGAAAAUCCAGACUGGACCCACUUUAUGGAUGGGAGCUCUUUUGUAGGACAGGGAAUCUGUAAAGUGGGAUAUGCAGUAGUCACCCUAAAUAACAUUGAAAAUGUGCCUCUCUCACCAGGCACAUGCACUCAAUCAGCUGAGCUGAUCCCUCUCACAAGAGCACUUGAACUAAGCAAAGGAAAGACAGCUAACAUUUAUACUGACUCCAAGUGUACCUUUCUAGUUCUCCUUGCCCAUGCUGCCAUCUGAAAGGAAAGGCACUUCCUCACCACUAAUGGGUCUUGCAUUAAAUACCAUCAAGACAUCAACAGGCUAUUAUCCUCAGUGUUCCUCCUAUGAGAAUUAGCGGUCAGACGUUGCAGAGGGCAUCAGAAAGGGGUAGAUGAAAUAGCCAAAGGAAACAGGCUAGCAGACCAAAGAGCUAAGUCAGCAGUAAGAAGGCCCCAAGGUCCCAAUACACUUGAGACCCCUCUGAUUUGGGAGGGCUACAUAAAGGAAAUAAAGCCUCAGUAUUCCCCUACAGAGAUAGAAUGGGCCACCUCUCAAGGUAUACUUUUCAACCCUCAGGAUGGUUACAAUCAGAAGAUAGCAAAGUACGCUUGCUAGCCUCCAGCCAAUGGAAGAUUCUUAAAAUCCUCCACUGAGCCUUUCACUUAGGAAAGCAUAAGACAUCAAUGUGUCCAAAGAUUGUUCUCAGGAGAAAAUCUACUAAAAAUGGUCAAAUAGGUUGUUAAUACUCGUGAAACCCUCUUAAAAAUAAUCCCUUUAACAGAUGACUUCUUCCCCACCACACUCAAAGGAUGGGAAGUUACUCAGGGGAGGACUGGCAGAUAGACUUCACCCAUAUGCCAAAAAUAAAUGGCAUUCAAUAUCUUUUGGUGUGGGUGCAUACCUUCAUUAACUGGGUAGAGGCAUUCCCAUGCCGAACAGAAAAGGCCUCUGAGGUGGUGAGAAUACUAAUCAGUUAAAUAAUUCCUCGCUUUGGGCUCCCUAAGUACUUCCAAAGCAACAAUGGUCCCUCAUUUAAAGCAGCCUCUACCCAGUGGGGCCGAGUCUGCUAGGACUUUUUAUUGGGUUUGGUAAUACGUCACACCCUUUAGCCUCUAUGGUAUCAGCCAUCUCCCAUUUAUACAAGACUAAUUGCUGGGUCUGUCCUGAGCGGUUUGCUCAGUUCAGUAACACUAAGGAACCUCUUGAUGACUUGGUAUUUACUGUCUUAGGAUUCCCUUUGUUAGCUUUACCUUUAGCCAUUAAAGACUUGUCAGGCAUAAGUGGAGCAUGGUAUGGGAACACUUUCAACUGAGUAACUAACUCCUCCCAGGAAAGCAUUUCCUCCCUGGUGCCAGAAAACACUUUCCCCAAAGAUAAGCCUCACACCCUCAGGCUAGGAAAAGUUGGCUGGGUAAUAGCAAAUGCCUCCUCCUGUUUUAAAAGCAGAGGAAAAGGACCAUACCUGGGAGAUCUCAAAUAUUAUAACACCAUACUUGUAAUUGCUGAAAGCUUGGAGGUUUGGAGAAAAAGACAUAAGAAGGAUGAUCUAAGAAAAUUGGAAGCCAUAUGGAGGGGAGGCUUUCAGAAUUCAGCCUCUCCUCCUGGUUGGAAGUCCUGCUGGCAAUGGCAGGCUCUGGGUAACCACCCUGACACACGGCACUAUAAUGUAAAAAACAACACAUAGGCCUUCCCAGACAUGCACCCUCAUGGAAUUCCAGACCCCCUGUAUGAUGCUUAGUAGUAAUGGCCUACAAAUCUGUGGGUGAACAGAACAGGAGACUUCUGGACUGACAGCCCCUGUCACAAGGGGGCAUUAUCUGAGAUACUGGCCAGGACAUAUUGUGUUCCUGGUCUUUUGAAACUCCAUUUGUCGGCCAGGUGUGGUGGCUUAGACCUGUAAUCCCAGCACUUUGGGAGGCUGAGGCGGGUAGAUGAUGAGGUCAGGAGUUCAAGACUAACCUGGACAACAUGGUGAAACCCCGUCUGUACUAAUAAUACAAAAAAAAAAAAAAAAUAGCCAGGCGUGGUGGUGCAUGCCUGUAGUCCCAGCUACUCGGGAGGCUGAGGCAGGAGAAUUGCUUGAACCCGGGAAGCAGAGGUUGCAGAGAGCUGAGAUUGUGCCACUGCACUCCAGCCUGGGCGACAGAGUAAGUCUCCGUCUCAAAACAAACAAACAAACAAAAAACCUCAAUUUAUCAGGUGGACCCUUCUCAUUUAGCAUGUAAAAUUCCAAAUGGCAUCAUGAGUGACUAUCCUGAGUAUGGAUAUCCCCAUCCCAAAGAUGUUCCUAUUAUAUGCAAGAGGGGGAAGCUUCUAAGAUAUGAGAAAGAUCUGCCUGUGUCUCUCACAAGCUACAACUUAGAACCGGCCCUUCAGGGGACAGGGCUUUAUUUCCUUUGUGGCUCCUGGCUACCCUUAAUCUUCCCUAGGCACUGGAAGGGAACUUGCGCUAUCGUGGCAGUGGUUCCUGACCUGUUAUCUUUAAAUUUCACUGAUAUGGCAGCAUCAUCUGGGGACAUCCCUAGCCUAGCCUCUUUUCUAGCGAGUGUGCUAUCUCAGAUGCGCUGAACAAAGAGGUCUAUCAUUUCCAUGCCCUCGUAUGGAGACUUAACUGAAAGAGAAGAUUGGGUAGGACCUGCACAUGACAAAUCCUAUCUUAGAAAAACCAUGGAUAGGGGAUUCUAUAGCCAGAGGCCUAUUCUGGUUUGCUGGUAUUCCUCUCCUUGAAAGAUCAGUACUUAAUAUUUCUAUUAUGUUGCAACAAGGGUAGAAGCCAACAGUAGGAGCCAUAGAAGCACAACAAUUCAUAAACUCUUUAGCCUCAGUAGUUAUGCAAAAUAGGCCCUAGAUAUCCUUAUGGCCAAAGUAGGGGGUACCUGUGCACUUUUAAAAAGAAGCAUGUCACUUCUAGAUCAACACCUCUAGUCAAGUAGAAGAGAACGUACAGGUGCUUAAAGAUCAAAUUAGAACAUUGACAGAUUAAGAGAGAAUGUGGGCUCCAGUCCCAGUUGGCUACAAUCCCUCCUAAAUGGAUUCCAGUCUUCUUUGUGGAACUGGUUAGCUCCUUUAUUAGGCCCCCUUUUGCUCGUGUGUUUUGUACUAAUGUUUGGACUUUGUAUAUUCAAUACUGUAACUCAAAUUGUUUCCUCUCACUUAGAGGCUAUUAAACUCCAAAUGGUGCUGCAGAUAGAACCACACAUAGACACACCAUUCUUCCGGGGACCCUUAGACCAAUCUCAGGAGGAGCCCUAACUGCUGUAAUCCCAACGACGCCCCCUUCCAGCAGGAAGCAGCCAGGAGUGGUCAUCGUCCACUUUCUCCAACAGCAGUUGGGGUCUCCACUCCUGAAGCAGGGAAUGAGAGAGGAGGAAGGAAGAAACCAGUCAGACAGGCAGUUAGGGUGGGUCCUCGGUAAAAUUCUUCCAAACAAAAGAACAGCUUGAAAAAUCAAACUGCAGGCAAAGACAAGAGAACUUGUACAGGGAGGCUUGCCUUAGACAUGUCCACAGCUGCCUAGGUAAGAAAGACUACACAGGAGACUUGCCCAGAGAUGCCCACAAUGGAAAAUUCCAUCCCCUGAGACAUGUGCAGUAAGGGGAACAAAGCCAUAUGGAGUAACUCAAGCUAAGGGCCUGCAUGCACACUGGGAGGAUAGGGUAGAACUACCAGAAAUUCAUACUUUAUGCAAAUGAGAUGCGCAGCACUCAUCAAUUUCUUACAAAAGCCUCUGUAUUCAACUGUGAAAUGGCAACACUCUUUUGGGCCCCCUCUUGGCAGUGGGGAGCUUUCUGUUUUCACUUUUUAAACUUUUGCUCCAACCUCACCUUUGGGGUCCAUACUCCUUCAUUUUCUUGGUUGUGAGACAAAGAACUUCAGGUGAUACCUUGGGCAAUGAGAGACUGCUACAUUGUGGUGCAUUGGUGAGACUGUAAAACUAUGAGUUUAUUGCUGAUAACCCCAACAUCAGCAAUGAUGCUUAUGGAAAAAGAAAACAAAUCGUUUAUGAUCAGCUGGAUCCUGUAGUUGUUUGCAAAGAUGACUCCAAUCCUACACGCUUCCCUGCAUCCAUGUCCAUUGCUGUGUAACUUUGCAGUGCCUCCAACCAUGUGACCUCUUUCAGCCAACUUAAGAAGACAGCAGUGAAGGCAUGCCAGUUCCAAGUGUAAGCCCCAAGAGGCCUUGUGUGUCUUCAUUUGCUUCCUCGUGUGCUUCUAAUGGUGCUGAGAGAAGAACAGGUCCAGACUAGCCUGCUGGAGGAUGAGAGAUGUUGGCUACCACAUCCUUGUUGCUCCAGUGGAGGCCAGGCUAGAUUAGAUGACAGCCACCUGACUCCAUGUGAGCAAAUCUGAGAUCAGCAGAGCUGGCAGAGCCAACUCUCAAAUACUUGGAAAAUACUUUUAAUAUGCAAAACAUUUUAAAUAUUACAUUAAUAUUUAAAAUGUUUUUUAAAGCCACUGUUUUAUACUGGCUUUGUUACACAGCAUAAGCUAAGUGCUACAACUCCUCAGGAAGCUGAGCUUUGACCAAAAGAAGUGUGGUAGCCACAGAGAUGUGCCUCUGAGACCCCCUUCGAGAGAGAGCCUGUGUGAGGAGUGCAGUCAGCUGACGGGCUCCAGCUACAGAUCUCAGGGAUCUGCUUCAGUAUUCCAGCUGGUGCCAUGCUCUCCCCAGACUGCUUCUGCCACUGACUGAGCAAGGCAGGAGCUCCGUGUUGGGAGCUGAUGCUGGAAUACUGAACUAUAUCCCGAGAUCUCCAGCUGCUGAUCUUGGGGAUCUGGGGUGGCCAAGACUUUCUCAGAGUGUAUAUUAGGUGCUAGAAUAACAUCAUUUUAUUUGAUGUCAUUUUGUUAUCACAUUGAUGAAAAAAAAAUUCAGUUCCCAACCUGAGCCACUGUCUGUGUGGAGUUUGCAUGUUCUGCAUGGGUUUUCAUCAGGUACUCUGGUUUCCUCCCACAUCGCAAAGAUGAGCACUUUCAGUAAAUUGGGGUGUCUAAAUGGUGCCAGAGUGAGUGAGGGUGUGGGUGUGAGCAUGCCCUACAGCCGGAUACCAUCCUCUCCAGGGUUGAUGCCCACUUAGUGCUCUGAGCCACUGGGAUAGGCUCUGGCCACCCACAACUCUGAACUGGAAUCAUUGGGUGAGUAAUUACUAUUUGUUUUUAGUAAUUUUUUUUUGAGACAAAGUCUCACUCUGUCACCUAGGCCAGAGUGCAGUGGCACAAUCUUGGCUUACUGCAACCUCCACCUCCUGGGCUCAACCGAUACUCCCACCUCAGUUUCCUGAGUAGCUGGGACUACAGGCGCAUGUCACCAUGCCUGGCUAAUUUGUUUGUAUUUUUUGUAGAGAUAAGGUCUCGCUAUGUUGUCCAGGCUGGUCUCAAACUCCUGAGCUCAAGCUAUCCUCCUGCCUUGGGCUCCCAAAGUGCUAGGAUUACAGGCAUGAACCACCGUGCCUGGCCUAGUAUUGGUCAUUAGUAUUAGUAAUCAUUCCUCAAUGUAUAUGUAAACAUUUAUUUCAGUGUUAAAUAUUGAAGUGUUUGGUCUUUAUUUAGAAGUUUGAUGUUGUGUUUUAUGAUCAGAAAUAUGCUGUGAACUUAAUUCUUUCUUACAGCAAUUAGCCUAUGGGAAAAUUGGUUUUGUUCUACAUUAUUUUAUUUAAAGUCAUAAUUUCCAAGAUCCUAUCAACUCCAUUAAGUGAGGACUUACUGUACUGUAGCCUGAGGCUCAUCUUAGUCCUCCCUCAUUCCCCCUGCCUCUCCUUCACAGUCAGCCUGCACUGUGGUCUGAGGCUUUCCCCCCUACAGCCUCUCCCCUUUAUCUUUCACGGGAACCACCCCUAAUUACUUACUUGUACUUCUAACUCCAUCUUGAAAGCUGCUUCCUGGAAGAUCCAAACGGACACAAGGAGGGACUGAAGGAUUAGAAUGAGGGAAGUAACCCAUUCACUGCUUAUUUGAGAUGGGGAACCGAAGGACUUUGGCAGUUCCUACACAGAGACAGAUGGCAGAGAUGACAAGGUUUCUCAGAGAAUGCGUGAGUAACUGGAAUGGCUUUUCCUGAUGACCCAGACUGCCUGCUCAAGAGCACACUGUUGCAGCUGCCCUCCUUGGAUGGAACUAUGGAAUGAUUUUUAUUCUUCUACUUCUCAGGUGAAUGGGAAACCAAGGACACAGUCGGCAUUUAACAAAAAGGAAUCUGCAUCUCAGUCAGAACUGUAUUGCAUUUGCUUCUCUCUGGAUUACCUUGAAGUUACUCCCCUUCCCUCAAUAAUAAUGGCAUUAUGAAAAAAAUUGGAAUUGAUCAAAUGAAGUAAAGAGUAAACAGAGGAAAGACUA